CUUCUUCAAGUCGCAACAUCUGAGACUAUAUAGAUUCGAUUUCGCUCGAGUAUUGUCGUCUCCAUGGGUGCUGCGCUAGGUUAUAGUUGCAUGACUGCGCUUUAACGAUAAAGAACAAACACACAACGUCGUUGCUCCACAGAAAAUAUACAUCUGCUUGGUUUAAAUAAACAUUGCCGAUUGAUCGGCUCAACGCCAGAACACAUCCACCACCACGAUGCACGUCUUAAUCGCGAUCCCACUCAUCUCGCUCCUCAUCGUCCCGGCGUGGGCUUCGUUCGGCACCAGCGUCAAUGUGAUCUUCUUCUACAUGACCUGGGCGACCCUGGUGCUGUCGCACAGUGCUUUGCGCGUCGAGAUAGUGGGCACCGCCACAGUACGGGCGCUGUGCUAUGCCCUCCCCUCCCUGCUGUUCUACCUGUUUGACAUCCUGACGCCUUCGGCGGCCGUUCUUCUGAAGGCACAGGGCGAAUAUGGCCUCCCCGCCGGGAAUAAAAAGGGCAAGAUUCGAGGAAAGGAUCUCAAAGUCGCCGCGUGGGCGCUGUUCAAUCUUGCCCUCGGCAUUGCCGUCCAAGGGUACGUCGAGGAUAAACUAAUUAGUCGCUUUCGCAAGCUGCGCCUCGUCAAGGUGACGCUGAAGCUGCCUCUUCCGUGGAAUCUGGUGUGGCAGAUCUUCUGUGGACUGGUUCUGCGCGAGAUCUUAAGCUACGUCAUCCACCGCUGGAUCCUCCACGGCCGCAACCGCAUCGCCCGCUACCACCGAACCUGGUACCACAACCUGCGCGCCCCCUACCCGCUGACGGCGCACUACGACCACCCGCUCGCCUACCUAAUCGGCCGCUGGCUGCCGACCAUCCUCCCCGUGGCGCUGUGGCAGCUACACAUGAUCUCCUACCUGGCCUACCUGGCCUUCGUCUCCCUCGAGGAGACCUUCGCCUACAGCGGCUACUCGGCCAUGCCGACGGGCUUCUUCAUCGGCGGCAUGGCGCGCAACAUGGAGAAUCACCUCCACAGCAUCGGCACCGGGAACUUCGGCCCCUGGGGCGUCGUCGACUGGCUGCUGGGCACCCACAUCGAGGCGGAGUACACUGAGACCGGCGAGAAAGAAGAACCCCCUUCCUCCCCGAUCCGGUUGCGCAGGAUCAGGCCUAAUAGUGCCAAGGAGGAUUUGGAUGACUUCCUGCUUGAUCCGCCGGAUAAUGGUGAUGAUGAUGGUGAUGAUGAUGGUGGUGGUAAUGGUGGUGGUGGUAGGCACGCUCGGAGGGUGUCGCCGCGGAGGGUUGAGGGGUAUUGGACUGGGCCUCCCGUUAGGAGGAGGACAAGGAGGAAUAGGCACGACUAGGUGAGGGUUGAGGGUUGAGUUUCUGUGUAUGACUUGGAUAAGAAGUAGAUGUGUUAGGGGAAAAGGGCUGCUCAAUGUCUGUUUAUUGUCUUGUUGGCGUUGGUGGUGGUGCUUUUUUGUUGUUGUGAAUUGGUCGUUACGUCAUGCGAGAGGGCGUGAUUGUUCUGUAUACUCUGUACAGGUU